GGAUUUGGGGAUUUGGGAGGAGCCGGAGAUUCCCGGAGCGCCUCCGGGAUUUGGGGAUUUGGGGCGGCUGGAAUUGUCGGGCUGGGCAGCGGAGCGAGCUGCGAGCGGCAUGAGGCUGCAGGAGACUCCCAAAGGCCGUGGGGAUUCCCCCCUGGAGCAGGAAUUCCGCUCGGCCGUGGGGGGAGGGGCGGCCCGGAGCCCCCCCAGCCCCCGCUCGUCCCCGCGCUCCCCCGCCAGCUCCAUCAAGGUGGAGAUGUCGUCGGACGAGGAGUCGUCGGGGCGGGCGCCGUCGCGCGAGGGCCGCGAGGGGCUGGGCGAGGAGGCGCUGCCGGAGCCCGGCGGGAUCCGCCUGCCCAACGGCAAGCUGCAGUGCGACGUGUGCGGGAUGGUGUGCAUCGGGCCCAACGUGCUCAUGGUGCACAAGCGCAGCCACACCGGAGAACGGCCCUUCCAGUGCCAGCAGUGCGGCGCGUCCUUCACGCAGAAGGGGAACCUGCUGCGCCACAUCAAGCUGCACUCGGGGGAGAAGCCCUUCAAGUGCCCCUUCUGCUCCUACGCCUGCCGGCGCCGCGACGCCCUCAGCGGGCACCUGCGCACCCACUCCGUCUCGUCCCCGACGGUGGGCAAGCCCUACAAGUGCAGCUCGUGUGGCCGCAGCUACAAGCAGCAGAGCAGCCUGGAGGAGCACCGGGAGCGCUGCCACGGCUUCCUGCAGAGGGAGAGCCCUGCCCAGACAGGAGAGGAAAUCCGGGAGCUGGAUAUGGUGCCCGAGGCGUUGCUGCACCCUGAGCGCCCCACCUUCAUCGAGCGGCUGGCGGGGAGCUUCACCAAGAGGAAACGCUCCACGCCGCAGAAAUUUGUGGGCGAGAAGCAGAUGCGCUUCGCCCUCUCGGAGCUGCCCUUCGAUGUCAGCCCGGGCUUCGACAAGGACGUGGAGGUGGUUCCUGCCCGCGGGCACGGCCUGGAGCCGCCCUACGCCGGCCCGCUGUCCCUGCUGGGCGCCGGGGACCCGCUGCGCCCGCUGCGCCUGGCCACCAACUGCAUCACCGAGGUGACGCCGGUCAUCAGCUCCGUGUACACGCAGAUCCAGGCGCUGCCCGCCCGCCUGGAGCUGCCGCGGGGCCGCGACCCCUCCGAGGACGGCGCCGAGGGCAUCCCGGUGAUCUUCCGCAGCCGCGCCGCCGCCGCCGGGGACGGCGGGGGCUCGCCUUCCAACGGCUGCCAGGACUCCACGGACACCGAGAGCAUCCAGGAGGAGCGGGCGGGCGGCGGCAGCAGCCGGCACAGCCCCGCCUUCGCCAAGGAGGAGCCCAAGGAGGAGCCGGACGGAGCGGCGCGCUGCUGCUUCCCCAAGGAGUCGCUGAGGGUGCUCAACGAGGAGGGCGAGCAGCUGCGCGCCUUCUGCUGCGAGCACUGCCGCGUGCUCUUCCUGGACCACGUCAUGUUCACCAUCCACAUGGGCUGCCACGGCUUCAGGGACCCUUUCGAGUGCAACAUCUGCGGCUACCGCAGCCAGGACCGCUACGAGUUCUCCUCGCACAUCGUGCGUGGCGAGCACAAGAUAUGAGGUGGGAAGAUUCCCUCCUCCCGCCUCCAGUUUCCCGAUUUCAGCCCGAUUUUCACCUCCUAAAGCGUGCUCAGCAAACAAAAGAUGUGAGGUGGGAAAAUCCCCUCCUCCUGCCUCCAGUUUCCCGAUUUCAGCCCGAUUUUCACCUCUUAAAUGGUGCGUGGUGAGCGCAAAAUGUGGGGUGGGAAAAACUCUCCCUUCCUGCCUCCAAUUUCCUGAUUUCACCCCGAUUUCAGCUCGAUUUUCCCUUCCUAAAUGGUGCGUGGUGAGCAGAAAAUGUGGGGUGGGGAAAACUCCCCCUUCCUGCCUCCAGUUUCCUGAUUUCAUCCCAAUUUUCCCCUCCUAAAUCGUGCUCAGCAAACACAAAAUGUGAGGUGAGAAAAUCCCCUUCUUUCCUUCCUCCAGUUCCCCCAUUUCACCCCGAUUUUCCCCUCCUAAAUCGUGCCUGGUGAGCACAAGAUACAAAGUGGAAAAACCUCCCCUUCCUGCCUGAAAUUUCCUGAUUUCAUCCCAAUUUUCCCCUCCUAAAUCGUGCCUGGUGAGCACAAGAUACAAAGUGGAAAAACCUCCCCUUCCUGCCUGAAAUUUCCUGAUUUCAUCCCAAAUUUCCCCUCCUAAAUCCUGCUCAGCAAACACAAGAUGUGAGGUGGGAAAAUCCCUCCCUUCCUUCCUCCAGUUUCCCAAUUUCACCCCAAUUUUCCUGUCCUACAUCGUGCCUGGUGAGCACAAGAUAAGAGGUGGGAAAAACUCCUCUUUCCUGCCUGAAAUUUCCUGAUUUCAUCCCAAUUUUCCCCUCUUAAAUUGUGCAUGGUGAGCAGAGGAUAUAAGUUGGGAAAAUCCCCUCCUCCUGCCUGAAAUUUCCUGAUUUCACCUCAGUUUUCCCCUCCCAAACCCAAAAUGUGUGGGAGGUUGGAAAACUCCCUCAAAUUCUCCUUUUUCUCAUCCCAUUUCCUCUCCCGCAUCAUGGGCAAAAUGUGAGGCUGGAAAAAAAAAUCUUCAUACCUCAAAUUCCCAUUUUUUCCCUCAAUUUUCCCCUCCCACGUUGUGCACGACGAGCACAAAAUGUGAGGUUGGAAAAAAAUUCUUCCCUGCCUCAAAUUCCCCUUUUUUCCCUGAUUUUUUCCUCCCAUUUCCCCUCCAAUUUCCCCUUUUAUAUUGUGCACACCAAACACAAAAUGUGAGGUUGGACAAAAAUCCCCCCCUGCUUCAAAUUUUCAUUUUUUCCCAAAUUUUUCCCUCCCAACAUCGUGGGCAAAAUGGGAGGUUGGAAAAAAAAUCUCCCCCCACCUCAAAUUCCCAUUUUUUUCCCCAAAUUUCCCCUCCCACAUCGUGGGCAAAAUGUGAGGUUGGAAAAAAAUCUCCCCCCACCUCAAAUUCCCAUUUUUUUCCCCAAAUUUCCCCUCCCACAUCGUGGGCAAAAUGUGAGGUUGGAAAAAAAUCUCCCCCCACCUCAAAUUCCCAUUUUUUCCCCCCAAUUUUCCCUUUUUUCCUCUCCCACAUCGUUCACCACGAGCACAAAACGUGAGGUUGGAAAAAUCCCCACCUCAAAUUUCCCAUUUUUGCCCCCAAUUUUCCCCCUCCCAUCCUUUGGGCAUGGAACUGUUGGGUUGUGUUGUUUUUUAUUAUUGUUUUUUUUUUCUUUUAUACUCCUUUGCACUGACUUUGGCUAUAAAAAAACCAAGAAAAAAACAAAACAAAAAAGUAUUUAAAAAAAACCAACAACAAGAAAAACCCCAAAAAAACAGAAACCCACCCCAAAAACCCACCCAGGGGGAGCCCUUCAUCCUCCUUUUUAUAAACUUAUUUAAAUAUUUGAAUAGGAAA